AUGGGUGCUACCGUUCCUACCAACGACCAGAUCCUGGUCCCCGAGACCCUUCUCAAGAAGCGCAAGUCUCAGGAGAAGGCCCGUGCUGAGCGCGCCGACGCCGUUGAGAAGAAGAAGACUGCCAACAAGGAGAAGCGUCAGGUCAUCUUCAAGCGUGCUGAGAAGUACGUUCAGGAGUACCGCGAUGCUGAGCGUGAGAAGAUCCGUCUUCACCGCGUUGCCAAGUCUGAGGACUCUGCCUACGUCCCUGCUGAGGCCAACCUGAUCUUCGUCGUCCGUAUCAAGGGUAUCAACAAGAUGCCCCCCAAGCCCCGCAAGAUCCUCCAGCUUCUCCGUCUCCUCCAGAUCAACAACGGUGUCUUCGUCAAGGUCACCAAGGCCAUCACUGAGAUGCUCAAGGUUGUCGAGCCUUGGAUCGCCUACGGUUACCCCAACCUGAAGACCGUCAAGGAGCUCAUCUACAAGCGUGGCUACGGAAAGGUCAACAAGCAGCGAACUGCUCUUACCGACAACUCCAUUGUUGAGGAGAACCUCGGCAAGUACGGCAUUGUCUGUGUUGAGGAUCUCAUCCACGAGAUCUACACUGUCGGCCCCAACUUCAAGCAGGCCUCCAACUUCCUCUGGCCCUUCAAGCUCUCCAACCCUACUGGUGGUUUCCGUCCCCGCAAGUUCAAGCACUUCAUCGAGGGUGGUGACCUUGGUAACCGCGAGGAGGCUAUCAACGCCCUCGUCCGCCAGAUGAACUAA